CUCCCUCAGAAAGUGCCUCCUCACCCUCCUCUAGCUACAGACAGCAGCAGCAGCACCUUGGCUUGCAGCAUCUCUGUUUGUCUGAGCUGCCCUUAAGGCCCUGGUGCCAGGGAGAUGCCCCUGGGCAGUGCCGUGUGCUGGGAGGGGUGUGCAGGGCAGAGCUGAGCCCCCAGGGCUGGGCUGGGCUCUGGGAGCACUGUUAGGGACAAGGCUUGGAUGGAGAGAAACAGCUCCCAGUAGGCACAACUCCAGGCAGCAGAAAGCCAGAAUAACCCUUAGUAACCCUCCCUGUCCAGCUGCAUGGGGAAAGUGAGAAGAGUUUAGAGAAAUUUACUUUGAAAUGGAGGCAUUAAAAAAAUGACUUUUUUUUUUUUUUCAAGCAUGUUCUAAGUGCAGGCACUCUAAAAUAGAAGGAGGCGUAAUGAUCAAAGAGCUCCUCCGUCGGAACAGCAGGUCUGAUUGAACUGGGGCAGCAAAAGACCUGCUUUCUUUCUGGGCUCACCAAUGUUCAGGCUGAGAGAAAUGCAAAAAAGUGGAUUUCUGCCUCUUUAAAGAAACUCAGCAACACAAAUGCCAGCUAAAAAAAAAAAGAAAGUACUGGAAAUUUCCCCAACGGCAGAAAAGUAGUUUUCAGAAAUGGUAACAAAAAUCAUAGGAUUGACUCAAUGAGGUUGGUCCCAGCUUGUCAUUUUCUUUUUUCAACAGCCAACAAUGCCCAGAGUGAAGAAAUGUCCAACAGCAGCUCCGUCAGCCACUUCCUCCUGCUGCCAUUGGCACACACGCGGCAGCUGCAGCUCCUGCACUUCUGCCUCUUCCUGGCCAUCUCCCUGGCUGCCCUCCUGGCCAACGGCCUCAUCAUCAGCGCCGUAGCCUGCGGCCACCUCCUGCACAGCCCCAUGUUCUUCUUCCUGCUCAACCUGGCCCUCAGCGACCUGGGCUGCAUCCUCACCACUGUCCCCAAAGCCAUGCACAAUUCCCUCUGGGACACCACAAACAUCUCCUAUGAAGGAUGUGUUUCUCAGUUAUUUCUGGUUUUGUUUUUCAUUUUAGCAGAGUAUUUCCUCCUGACCGUGAUGUGCUACGACCGCUACGUGUCCAUCUGCAAACCCCUGCACUACGGGACCCUCCUGGGCAGCAGAGCUUGUGCCCCCAUGGCAGCAGCUGCCUGGGCCAGUGCCUUUCUCACUGCUCUGCUGCACACAGCCAAUACAUUUUCCCUGCCCCUGUGCCAUGGCAUUGUCCUUGACCAGUUCUUCUGUGAAAUCCCACAAAUCCUCAAGCUCUCCUGCUCCAAAUCCUACCUCAGGGAAAUUGGGCUCAUUGGAAUUUCCAUUUGUUUAGGAUUUGUUUGUUUUGUGUUCAUUGUUUUCUCCUAUGUGCAGAUCUUCAGGGCUGUGCUGAGGAUCCCCUCUGAGCAGGGACGGCACAAAGCCUUUUCCACCUGUCUCCCUCACCUUUCUGUGCUCUCCCUGUUCCUUAGCACUUCACUGUUCGCCUACCUGAAGCCCCCCUCCCUCUCCUCCCCAUCCCUGGAUCUGUCACUGUCAGUUCUGUACUCGGUGGUGCCUCCAGCCCUGAACCCCCUCAUCUACAGCCUGAGGAACCAGGAGCUCAAGGCUGCAGUGUGGAGACUGAUCACUGGAUGGUUUCAGGAACAUUAACCUGUUUGCCAGUUUCUGCAAUCACUUGUAAAGUCAUCUUUGAUACUUCUUGUUGGUUUGAUUUUAGAGGUUCUUUUACUUCAUUUUAGUUUUUGAAUUUGUCCACAAAUAAAUGUCAA